AUGGGCCUGAAAUCCCCAAUUCCGCUGAAAGAUCUCAAAUUCAACACACCGGUGCCAUACACGCUACACGUAGACCGGGAAUUGCUCCAAUUGACAAAGCAAAAGCUAGCUCUCUCCCGAUACCCCGAAGAACAGACAGAUUUUGGGGAGAACAACUGGGCCCAAGGAGCCAAAGUCUCCCGCGUAAAACAGUUAGCAAAGUUCUGGAGAGACCACUAUGACUGGGAGGCUGAAGAGCGCCGCCUGAACGCUAUCUUCAACCAUUUCCUAGUCAAGAUCGACGUCCCCGGCUACGGCCCCCUGGUGUUGCACUUCACCCACACCAAGUCUACCAGACCAAGUGCUAUUCCGCUUCUAUUCUCUCACGGCUGGCCCGGCUCCUUCGUGGAAGCCGUGCGCGUUGUACUCCCGCUGACUGAGCCCGAGGAUGCAAAAGACCCAGCCUUCCACUUCAUCGCCCCGUCAAUCCCUGGGUUCGGUUUUUCACCCGCGCCCACCAAGUCCGGCGUCGGUCCCAACGUGGUUGCACGCGCAUACAAGAUCCUAAUGACCGACGUGCUGGGGUACCCAAAGUUCGUGACCCAGGGCGGCGACUUCGGGUCCUUCAUCACGCGUUCCAUCGCCAUCCAGUACCCCCAGGUCGUGCGCGCCCAGCACUUGAACAUGUUCCCAGUCCCUCCUCAUACGCUGUGGUCAGCACCGUGCGCCUAUAUACGCUGGUGCCUGUCAGCGCUGACAUACUCGGAGUUCGAGCACGAGUCGUUACGGGUGCGCCGGAACUUCGAGCAGGAUCAAAGUGGGUACCUCGAGGAGCAGAAGACCCGGCCGCAGACACUAGGGUUCGCGUUAGGAGACUCUCCUCUCGGGCUGCUCGCGUGGUUUGUGGAGAAGUUCCAUGAUUGGGGCGACGUGCAUGAUGCCUUGAGUGAUACGGAUAUCAUCACGUUGGUGAUGAUGCAUUGGAUCCAGGGCGCAACUCCUGGUCUGCGGUUUUAUAGGGAAGCGUUUGGCCGUGGUAUGCGUGAGGCUGAGAAGACUUUUGAGACGUAUGUGUCAGUGCCUUGCGGGGUCAGUAUGUAUAAGAAAGAGCAGCUCCAUUGUCCUCGCGACUGGGCCGCCCAGGUCGCCAACAUCCAUUACUGGCGGGAGUAUGAUCGAGGGGGUCAUUUCUCGUCUCUCGAGAGGCCGGAUCUGUUCGUGCACGAUCUCCGCUCGUUCUUUUCCUCCCCUGUCGUUAUGCAGGCAUAUGCUCGGUAG